CCCCCCCGUCCCCCGUCUCCUCGUCCCAGGAUCGACUUGAGGCGCUCGGCCUCUUAGCCACCGAAUCCCGCGCGCCGCCGUGCUCCACCCCUAGUCAGAGGCUCGGAGCCUUCCUCCGCCGCACGCCAGCGUCGGGUUCUGCCGCGCCGCUGUCCGCACGUACCACAGACCCAAAAUCCAAUUCUCCCCUCGUCGUAUUUUGCUCCCAAAACCCUAACCCUAGCACGACCACCGCCGCCAUGGCACUAACCACCCGCGGCGGCGGCGGCGGCGGUGACCCACCGCAGGCGCCGCCUGCCCCCGAUGCGAGCCUCGGCUUCCUCACGAAGCGCGACACCGAGGUGAAGCUGCCCCGGGCUACGCGGGUGAAGAACAAGACCCCAGCGUCGGUCCAGAUUACCGCCGAGCAGAUCCUCCGGGAGGCUCGGGAGCGGCAGGAGCCUGAGAUCCGUCCGCCCAAACAGAAAAUUACUGAUAUCCACGAGCUUGCGGAUUACCGGCUCCGUGAGCGGAAGCGAUUCGAAGACCUAAUUCGCCGCGUCCGCUGGAGCGUCUCGGCCUGGGUCAAGUACGCCAGAUGGGAGGAGGGGCAGAAGGACUUCGCCCGGGCUCGCUCUGUCUACGAGCGUGCCCUAGAGGUUGCUCACCGUGACCACACGCUAUGGCUCAAGUAUGCCGAGUUUGAGAUGCGCAACCGGUAUGUCAACCAUGCGAGGAAUGUUUGGGACCGUGCUGUCAUGCUCCUUCCCCGCAUUGACCAGUUGUGGUACAAAUACAUCCAUAUGGAGGAGCUGCUUGGUGCUGUCGCUAAUGCUCGCCAGGUGUUCGAGCGUUGGAUGUCGUGGCGUCCUGACAUUGCCGGCUGGAACUCUUACAUCAAGUUUGAGCUGCGCUAUGGGGAGGUUGAGCGUGCUAGGGCAAUCUAUGAGCGUUUUGUUGCAGAGCACCCGCGACCAGACACAUUCAUCCGAUAUGCAAAGUUUGAAACUAAGCGUGGAGAAGUAGAGCGGGCGCGACGUGUGUAUGAGCGUGCAGCAGACCUGCUUGUGGAUGAUGAGGAUGCAGAGGUGCUGUUUGUGGCAUUUGCUGAGUUUGAGGAAAGUAGCCGGGAGGUAGAGCGCGCACGUGCCAUAUACAAGUAUGCACUUGACAGGGUGCCCAAGAGUAGGGCUGAGGAUCUGUACAAAAAGUUCCUGGCGUUUGAGAAACAAUUUGGUGACCGUGAGGGGAUUGAGGAUGCCAUUGUGGGCAAGAGGAGAUUCCAGUAUGAAGAUGAGGUGAGGAAGAACCCGCUGAACUAUGACUCAUGGUUUGAUUACAUCAGGCUGGAGGAGAGUGUUGGGAAUAAGGACAGGAUCAGGGAUGUUUACGAGAGGGCCAUUGCCAAUGUCCCUCCUGCAGAGGAGAAGCGGUACUGGCAGAGGUACAUAUACCUCUGGAUAAAUUAUGCUUUGUAUGAGGAGCUUGAUGCACAGGACAUGGAAAGGACCCGUCAGGUUUAUAGCCUAUGUCUGAAAUAUAUUCCACACAAAAAGUUCACCUUUGCAAAGUUGUGGCUGAUGGCAGCUCAAUUUGAGAUAAGGCAGAAGAACCUAAAGGCCGCACGUCGGAUUCUAGGAAAUGCAAUUGGAAUGGCUCCGAAAGGGAAAAUAUUCAAGAAGUACAUUGAGAUCGAGCUGUAUCUGGGUAAUUUUGACCGCUGCAGGACUCUCUAUGAAAAGUAUAUUGAAUGGUCUCCAGCAAACUGUUACGCGUGGAGGAAGUAUGCUGAAUUGGAAAAGAAUCUUAGCGAGACUGAUCGUGCUCGCUCAAUAUAUGAGCUUGCUAUUGCUCAGCCAGCACUUGAUACGCCUGAGGUUCUAUGGAAGGAGUACUUGCAGUUUGAAAUUGAUGAAAAUGAAUUUGAUAGUGCAAGGGAACUUUACGAACGACUGCUUGAUAGAACAAAGCAUUUGAAGGUAUGGAUCAGCUAUGCAGAAUUUGAGGCGUCAGCUGGCUUGGGUGAAGACGGUGGAAGUGAGGAGAAUAAGAAUGACGUUGAUUAUCAGGAACAGCAGAUGGAGCGUGUGCGAAGGUGUCGAGCUGUCUUCGAAAGGGCAUUUGACUACUUCAGGACUAGUGCCGCAGAGCUGAAGGAGGAAAGAGCAAUGCUCCUCGAAGAAUGGCUCAACAAGGAGGUGAGCUUUGGUGAUCUUGGUGAUGUCACCUUAGUGCAGAAGAAGGCACCGAGGAAAGUGAAGAGGAAGAGACCACUCCCCACAGAGGAUGGCUCCACUAUUGCGUACGAGGAGUACAUUGAUUAUAUCUUCCCUGAUGAAGUAGCUUUGGCACCAAACCUGAAGAUUCUGGAAGCUGCUUACAAAUGGAAGAAGCAAAAAACAGAUGAUGACUGAUCUGACCAUGGACAGGCUGCCUGUUGUGAAUGUUCUCCCGUGGUUGGAAAUGAGUGCUGCCCGUUGCGAAUGCUUACCCCGCAGUUCGGGUCUUGUGCGCUGCCUCUUUCUCUCCUUCCAUUAUGCACCUUUUGCUGCUUGAUCAGUUGAGUUAUUGAAACUGUACGUCUGAAGGAUAGGAAUUGAAUUAUCUGGGUUUUGUUACCGCAGAUUGAUCUGUAUUUUGUUGGAUAGAAGUUGAUUAUCUGCAUUUUGUUACCUCACCUUUUGAGUUGAAUAUGACUAAAAGAUGCACUAGUUCAAGUUCUUUAAGUUCUGCAGGAAACCUUGUUUGCUUUUGCA